AUGCUCUUGACUUUACUUUUCUUCUCGAUAUUCCUGUUUGGAAAAGCUUUUUGUGACACUUGUCUUGAUGUUCAUUGUCCGGCGAAAUGGGCUUACUUGGCAAAGACGAAGAGUUGCUAUUUUGUGCAGGAUUUCACCUAUCCGGAUGCAGAAAAUUGGCAGCUAUACAACUGGACAACGGCUGAAUUGAAUUGUAAAAGAAUGGGCGCACACUUGGUGUCGAUUCACUCGGUCGAGGAAGACAACUUUGUUUAUGAGUUGAUUCUUUCUCGUGUUGGUCGCUACUUGAAUGACCAGCCAUGUUACAAUGACCUAGCUGCCUGGAUUGGGUAUUUCGGAUCUGGAAUUGUGGGAACUGGCAAUUGGACUGAUGGAACACCAGUGGAUUAUAUCGGCAGAACGCCAUGGACUCCAUGGGUUGUUGGUGCUAAGAUGCUCAACGAUCCAACUUGUCACUUCCAUCAAUGGGCUUGGAGUCAAGUGGAAGAAAAGCUCUCGCGAUAUGUCUGCAAGAAAGCAGCAACUGGA